ACAUAAAUGUGUAGUUCACCUGUUUGGACUCGCAGGGACGCUGUUGAUUAGUAAAUUGAAGCUAAGGGGAAAAUAAAGAAGCAAACCCUCCCACACUGCAUCAUACAUCGUCGAGGAGAGCAGUUGAGGGCAGACAUUUGUGUUGUCGGCAUGGACGCUACGGCAUUGUAUCUCUUUUGAUCAUUUUGGAAUGCUAAACGAUUUGGAUUUACCUCCAUUGGACUCAUAUUCUGUGGAUAUCCACGCGGUGAUCAAUUGGUAUAGUUUUUGUCAAGAAAAUGUCGAAGCAAGCAGGGAUACGGCAAGUACUAUUGUUCGCUUUGUUUCUCAGCUGUGGCAUUGUGAGUGGGCAAGUAAGCUAUACGAUUCCGGAAGAAAUGUCUAAAGGCUCUUUUGUCGGAAACAUAGCGCAGGAUUUAGGGCUUGAUUUGAAAAGACUGCACGCAGGCAGAGCUCGCAUUUACACCGGGGACGAUGUCCAAUACAUCGCGCUGAACAAGGAGAGAGGAGUGCUUUCUAUCAAGGAAAAGAUAGACAGAGAGACAUUAUGCGGGCAAACCACACCAUGCGCUCUCCGUUUCCAGAUUAUGCUGGAUGAUCCAAUAGAAUUCUACACAGUCACAAUAGAGAUUACAGAUGUAAACGAUAACCCUCCUUUGUUCAGAAAGAAAGAAAUUGCAUUUGAAAUUAACGAAUUGGCACAAACAGGGGCACGGUUUGUUUUAGACACGGCUGAAGACCAAGACGUCGGUGUUAAUGGCCUUCAAAGCUAUACCCUAGAUCCGACAGAUAAUUUUAUACUGAAACUACACAGCGAAACAGAUGGUAAUACGAAUGUUGAAAUGGUCUUACAGAAGUCUUUAGAUCGAGAAAAGGAUGACCAUUUAACAUUACUACUAACCGCGCUGGAUGGAGGCGACCCGCAGCUGUCAGGAACAAUGCAGAUACAAAUUAAAGUCACUGACGCAAAUGAUAAUGCGCCUGUGUGUUCUCAGUCUGUCUAUAAAGCUAGUGUGGCAGAAAAUGCUGCCAAAGGUACUGUUUUGACCACCGUUACAGCCACAGACGCUGACCAAGGCUCAUAUGGCAUGAUAUCAUAUUCCAUCUCAACUGAGGCGGUCGUGUCAUUGUUUGAGAUAGACUCGGAUACGGGUGUGGUGCAGCUAAUUGGUGAUCUUGACUUCGAAAAACAAAAACAGUAUCAAUUGAAUGUCCAGGCUCGUGAUCAUGGAGGUCACACUGACAUUUGUAAGGUUAUGGUCAGUGUGAAUGACGUCAAUGAUAAUAAACCAAGCAUUAGUAUUAUGACGAAAUCAAAUGCCAUAUCUGAAGAUUCUAAAAAGGGCACUACCGUCGCUGUGCUUAACGUACAAGACCAGGACUCCGGGGAAAAUGGCAAAAUCCAGUGCUCAAUAAACGAUAAUAUUCCAUUUUCUCUUAAAUCGACAUCAGAUAAUUUUUUCAGCCUGGUAGGCGAUGGUGAUUUAGACCGAGAGAGAGAGCCGAGUUACAACAUCACUGUGACGUGCACUGAUGAGGGAGUGCCUUCGCUCUCCAGUAACCUUAAUCUCUAUUUACAGAUAUCAGAUGUAAACGAUAAUGCCCCCGUAUUUCAAAAUAGCCUUUAUGAAUCCUCCAUUCCCGAAAAUAACUCCCCGGGGUUAUCGAUAUUCAGUAUUAAGGCAAACGAUGCAGACUGGAAGCAGAAUGCGCGCAUUUCAUACAUUCUGGAGGAAUCCACUAUAAAUGGAGAGUCCGUUUCGGCAUACGUAUCUGUUCACGCUGACAGUGGUGUGAUCCACGCAGUGCGCUCUUUUGACUAUGAACAGAUCAAAUCUUUUCAAUUUCAAGUUAAAGCUCAAGAUGGUGGCUCGCCUCCCCAGAGUAGUAAUGUGAGCGUAAAAAUCAGCAUUCAGGACCAGAACGACAACGCCCCUCAAGUGCUGUAUCCGGCGCAUACAGGUAGCUCUAUUGUAGCUGAAAUAGUGCCUCGUUCUGCAGAUAUAGGAUAUCUGGUGACUAAAGUGGUGGCUGUGGACGUGGACUCUGGUCAGAAUGCCUGGCUCUCUUAUAAACUACAGAAAACCCCGGAGAGGGCUCUGUUUGAAGUGGGUCCGCAAAAUGGAGAAAUAAAAAUUAUUCGCCAAAUUACAGAUAAAGAUGCUGUAAAGCAAAAACUAACUGUUGUAGUGGAGGACAACGGACAGCCCUCUCGCUCUGCUACAGUAAAUGUCAAUGUGGCUCUAGCUGACAGCUUUCCAGAAGUGCUCUCUGAGUUCAAUGAUUUUACGCACUACAAUGACUAUGAUGUCAACCUGACUUUUUAUUUGGUCCUGGCAUUGGCUGUUGUCUCGUUUCUCUUCAUCGUGUCCAUCAUAGCCAUACUGUCAGUGAAGUGCUACAGAUGGAGACGUGAGAGGAUGUUUUACAAAUCAAAUGGACAGCUCCCGGUUAUCCCAUACUACCCGCCCCUUUACGCAGACGCGGGAGGCACGGGAACAUUGCAGCACGUGUACAAUUAUGAGGUGUGCAGAACAACAGACUCCCGUAGGAGUGAUCUGAAGCCCAUGCGAGCGUGCAGCCAAAGCAUUGACAGCCUCAACACAACCGGAACCCUUACUCUGACUCAUGCGCAAAGAGAAAAACUCAUUAUUGAGAACUUGGAUGACCAGGUGAGGUUGCCUGAAAUUUCUCUCUGUAACUGA